AUUUUGCAAUGAUUUCUGUAUCUGGGAUUUUUGCUGUUACAUUCUCUGUCAUAUUUGCGUAUGUAGCUGAUAUAACUCAAGAACAUGAGAGAAGCACUGCUUACGGACUGGUAUCUGCUACGUUUGCAGCAAGUUUAGUAACUAGUCCUGCUAUUGGAGCACAUCUGUCUAAUUUGUACGGUGAUAACAUGGUAGUGUUAGUUGCUACAGUGGUGGCUGUUGUAGAUAUCUGUUUCAUACUACUAGUUGUACCAGAAUCUCUACCUGAAAAAAUGAGACCACCUUCAUGGGGAGCUCUUAUAUCAUGGGAACAAGCAGAUCCCUUUGCGUCUUUGAGAAAAGUUGGAAAAGAUUCUACAAUCUUGUUGACCUGCAUCACUGUUUUUCUUUCUUACCUCCCUGAAGCUGGCCAAUAUUCUAGUUUUUUCCUUUAUUUGAGACAAGUGAUAAAAUUUGAGUAUGCAAGCAUUGCAACAUUCAUAGCUGUGAUUGGCAUUCUUUCUAUAGUUGCUCAGACUGUUUUUCUCAGCAUCCUAAUGAAGACUAUAGGGAACAAAAACACAGUACUGCUUGGCCUUGGUUUUCAGAUGUUCCAGCUGGCCUGGUAUGGUUUUGGCUCUCAGCCUUGGAUGAUAUGGGCAGCUGGAGCUGUUGCAAGUAUGUCAAGUAUCACAUUCCCAGCAAUCAGUGCUCUUGUGUCACGAAACGCAGAUUCAGAUCAACAAGGUGUCGUCCAAGGGAUAAUAACUGGAAUCAGAGGUCUGUGCAAUGGACUUGGCCCUGCUCUCUAUGGCUUCAUAUUCUUUCUCUUCCAUGUGGAACUUAAUGAUUUGGCACCAGUUCAGGAUAAGGCUGCUAAGCAGGAUCCAAGUGAUGAGAGUUCAGUCAUACCUGGCCCUCCUUUCCUUUUUGGAGCAUGUGCAGUCCUCUUAGCCUUUCUGGUUGCCUUAUUUAUCCCCGAGCACAGUAAAGCCGCCAAUACCAGAAAGCACAGCAACAGCAUCAACAGUAUCCAGAGCAACAGUCCAGAUCGGGACAGUGAUGAGGAUAUUGAGCCUCUGCUUCAAGAUAGCAGCGUAUGAAAGGAGUUUUCUUCUAAGAUAAACAGAGACAGCCCUUGGGCAGACAUAAUCCAUGCACUGAGCUCUGAAUCCAGAGCAGUUCUCUUUUGGAGUGAACUUUUGAUCUGUCAAAAGCUUUGCACAUUUCACUCACCUAAGAUAUCAUGUGUAAGUGGCCAUUGGUAUUCAAUUAAGGCUGAUUGCAACCACUUAACUGUGGAUUUUCUGUAGAACAGUCCAAAGCAAGUUUUUCUUUUUGUAUCCAUGCAAUUAUUGUUGAACCCAACACUGAACUGAGAAUGUGGAAUUGCAGUAUCUUGGGAAAAAUGAUCUUCAGAUGUAGUUAAAUACUUGAGUACCCAAAUUCACUGUGAGUAAACCAUAACCCUGCUAGCCUCCCCCCCCCCUUUCCCCCCAAUGUCUUCAUUGCUUCUCUACUCUUGUAGCUCGUGGGGAUUUGGAAAGAAUACUUCAUUUCAAUAAACAUUAUUGACAAAGAUUUCUAUCACAAUCCCACUCCAUCAAUAUAGUCUUAUAUCUCUCUCUUAACAUGCUGCCUGAUUGAUUGAAUAUUGCCGAACUAUUUAAAAGUGUGCAGGGAAUGUCAAUUGAAAGAUAAACUAUUGGUGCAUUUUCAACCCUUGUUUUUAAAAUCUCUAACUGAGAUGAUAAUUAAAAGGGCUCCUAUUGAAAACCUGAGCAAGGCAAGGAUGAUCAUUCCUUCGAUAGAAAGCAUUAGUGAUGCUCACUUCUGGCACCACCAGUGUGGCCAGUUCUGACAUAUGAUCUAAUUAAAUGGGUGCUGAGGCAAUUUAUAUUGACGUGUGUAUUUAUUGCAUCAUCUGUCGUCUUUUAACUGCCAUAUGAAACAUUUCUGUCCCACUUUCACUCCUGCCUUAACUGCUAUUUAGUGUACAUUGUUAUCAACUAUAUUUAGCCUUCAUAUCAGUCUCUGAAGAAUCUCAUAGAAUUAUAAUUGUGAAAUGUCUAUCUAAAAAGACUUUAAAAGAUGAUUUAGUUUCUACAAAGUACCAUGUUACAAUUUUUAGAAGCAUUUUUGAAAUUGCACAGAUUUCUGUGUAUUUUGUGGCAGUAAAAAUGGAACAUUACACAAAAAUCUAACAGUACUCUUAUGAAUGUUUUAUAUGUAUGAAUAUAUGUAGAUAUUUAUAAGAAGUUCUACUUUUUUUCCUGAUGGGGUACUGUGUAAAUCUUGUAUUUAUAAAUGUAAUGAGGGGGCACUGACAGAUAUACAGCUUUUAUAAAGGAUUGUGUAAUGACGGAACAAAAUUUAAAUAUAUAUAUAUAUAUAUAUUUUGAAACUUGGUCCGCCUUAAGCAAAGAUAUCAAACCUUUUGUACUAUGCAGUUUGUUUUUAAGUUAAUAAGCUUCCUAAUGCAUAAUAAAUUUGCGAACUAUAUUAUUCAA